AUGAUGCGCAAGGAAGGUGCCGGUGCGCCCGGGACUGAGUUCUCGCUGGACGCUUCCGACUGCAUCAAUCUACAGCAGAUUCUGCAGGCGUUUAACUCUACAAUUAGUGAGGAGCAUGCCUGGGCCUUGUUUUACCAGGCGGCAAAGUGCUUCCAGAAGUGCCUAGCUGAAGGCUCCACCAGUUACCUGGCAACGGAGCCUAGGCAUUUGUUGCUACAUAAAGAUGGAUUCGUGCAUCCGAAUACACUGCUACGUCCCGGAGUUGGCCUAUUUCCCGUCGAAUCCAGCACCUGCGGAUGCGAACGGGACCACGAACUCCCGAAGCUCAAUUGG